AUGGAGUGUGGCCACAGCUUUUGCCGACCCUGCAUCUACCUGUGCUGGGAAGAAGGCUCAGCGCCACUCUGCUGCCCAGAGUGUAGGCACAAGUCAGAGAAGACAAACUUUAAAACCAACAUAAGACUUCAGAAACUGGCCACAGCUGUCAGGCUGGACAGAAUGAGGCAGCACCCGAGCUCACAUGGGCAGGUCUGUGGUAUACACAGCGAUGACACAGGACUCCUGGGUGACUUGGACAAGAACGUGUGCUGUGAUUCUGUCUCUGAAUCUUCAGGAGCCAACGGACAUGGCCACAGCCAGAUGCAGUUUGCUGCUGAGGAAUCCAGGGGAACUGUUCUAAAGGAAAUGAAUGCUCUAUGGGAAUUUAUGCAGGAACUGAAAAUCCAUGUUCCUGAGGAAAUAAGGAGGAAGCAGUCCUUUAUGGAGUAUGUGUCCCUAAGGGAGGAGAUGAUCAAGGCACAGUAUCAGAAGAUGCAUAUGCUUCUUCAUGAGGAAGAAGAGCUGCAUCUGCAGAGACUGCACAGCGAAGCACGGGAGCUUUUGCAGCAGCUCCAGGACCAUGAAUCGAGAAUGACCCAACACAUAGAAUGCGUGAAAGAAAAAUACAAAGAGCUGGUUGAGAUGUGCCACAAGCCUGACAUGGAGUUCCUGCAGAAUGUGAAGACGGAAUUGGAAAGAGCAGAGCUCAUGCUGAGAUACAGGCCCCAGCCAGUGGACCCUGUGCUGACUUCUUGGAGCAUCAGUGGACUUCGACAGAUGCUGAAUAAUUUCAGAGGGCCUAAUGGUUUGAAAAAGAAAGUGGCGAGUCGCUACCUACUCCUUUCUGAGGAGCUCAGAUAUCAAAUAUUUGGAGAACACCACGAUGCUGCCAGUCAAGUCCCAAGAGCACAGAGUUUUGUUGCGUGGGGUGCACCGACCUUCCGCUCUGGCAAGCAUUACUUCGAGGUGGAUGUAUCGCACUCCUCCACCUGGAUUCUAGGACUCUGUAGUGAUUCCAGCUUGGAAGACCCCGAUACCAUUAUUAACACAGAGGGUGCAUUUUUCCUUUAUUCCAUGAAUUGCCAGUCUGUUUGA